AAUGCAGCAGUAAAGGAAACGGGACAUUUAACAACCAUCUCAAAGAGCUACGUUUUGUGGCUGUUUUCCUCCCGGAGUCUGGUCGCUUCUCUCCGGCUUAUAUACACGUUCGGACCCGCUUCGUUGUUCCAGGAUCAUUUACAAAACGUUAUUAUCGAACGCUUCUGCUUUUUGGGGGGCGUUUGUGUUUUAUACGUGCAGCAGACACACCCUCUGGAGUAAAGGAGGUGUAAGCGCGGUAUUUUAUCUUGUUUCACUGUAGUUACAAUAUAUUUAGUUAUGGCAUAUCCAGGAUACGGUGCUGCACACGGUGGACACGCGAUGCUGCAGCAGGAUCCUCUCUACGGGUAUUUUUCCGCUGUAGCUGGACAGGAUGCACAGAUCUCAGCUGACGAGCUGCAGCGCUGCCUCACACAAUCCGGCAUCUCGGGCACAUACAAGCCCUUCAGCAUGGAGACCUGCAGACUGAUGGUCAGCAUGCUGGAUAGGGACCUUUCCAACAGCUUGGGCUUCAACGAGUUCAAGGAACUGUGGCAGGUUCUGAACGGCUGGAAGUCCACCUUCAUGUCCUACGACCGGGACCGCAGUGGGACGGUGGAGGGCAAUGAGCUGCAGCAUGCCUUAAACUCUAUGGGUUUUAAUCUGAGCCCUCAGGCCAUGAACAUCGUCAUGAAGCGCCACAGCUGCGGAGGCAGAAUCGCGUUCGACGACUUCGUGGGCUGUUGCACAAAACUACGAGCCCUGACUGAUCAAUUCAGAAGAAGAGACCAAAGACAAACUGGAGCGGCCACAUUUCAGUAUGAUGAUUUUAUCCAGGUCACCAUGAGCAUAUGAAGAAGAAGAAACCAAUCAGACGGGACACGCUGGCCCUUUAAAUCUUCUCAUAAACUUUCAUGUACUUUCAUUGUGUAUUUCUUAAUCAUUGUUGUAAAAACAGGAUUUAAAUGUCACUUUCACAUUCCUUCUUUUUUAAAACAAAGUCAUGUGUACUGUAACAAACUAAUACCCUCUGUACCAAUGACAACCCCCUGUAUUCUGGGUUAGCCCAUAGAGCUGCAUGAAUGCAAUGAAUAAACAUGUCCACCACAGGCUGGCUCCUUUGUUUACUCCCUCUGACAAUAGUUGAGUGUUUUUGUUUGUUUGUAUUCUUGAACUCAGAUGCAGAAUGAUUAAAACCGUGUCUGUUAAA